UCUUCUUAUCAAUCACCUUGACUCCUAUCAUAUCAUCACGCAUAGUAUCUCUCAUUUUUCUUCAUUUAUUGCAAGGUGAAGUCCGUGUCUUAUGGUGUGAAUAAAACUAUAUUGGUAAAACUAUUCCAUUCGAUAAUCUCGUUCCGCUUCACUCAAUCAUUUAUCAUUGCUCUUCCAAUGAACAUAACACAGACACAAGAAUAAGUCUUAUAUGGUAAUCACUAAUCAGGUAAAAGACUGUGUCAAGAUAUUCCAACAAAGCGACAAGGCAGUACUGGAUAACAUGGAUGGAAUCAAAUUUAAUGUCAGCAAUCACAUGUCCAACGUGGGCAAAUAUAGAUCAUACAAUUCUAGUGUCAUCAUAAUUCAGAUCUAACAUCAAUCAGCGAAUAGGUUGUUGGUUCUUACAUCGUAUGUUGUUUGGAUUACAAGGUGAUCCAAAUGGAGAAAACAUCUUGGGCAUGCACUGUUAUCAUCCAAGUGUGUCUCUGCUUUGCUUUCUACAUAGCUCUCAACUUGGGUCAACCUCAGAAAUUGGUCAAAACAAAUGCAAGUGGCCAUGAACCUUUUGAUCUCUACUUCAUCAGUGUCAGAGGGGGUUUCAGACCCCAUUUCCAGCAAUUCCAUCUUCUCAAGCAGAUGGAGAAGGUGGCCAGAAUUUACAAGGCAAGUUUUGUUGUGAGCAGCAGUGAGCUUGGGGAAGAUGAUCCUCUCAUGCAGAAUGCUACUCAACAUUUUCCAUCAUUGAGAAUUCCCUGGUACAACACCUACACUACUGCAGCCUCAAAAUCAGAAGGACAAGAAGCGGUUUGCUUUGAAAAGAAGAUCAAGAUAUCUAAUGGGAAAACCUUAGACGUUAUCGGUGUGGAUACUCAAUUACUGCAAGACUCUGUCUUAAGGGGAUCAUUAAGUGGCAAUAGAAAUAAUAAAUUGCAUUUGCUGAUCAGAACAUUGGAAGCAAACAGUAGUAACUGGCGCAUUGUUGUUGGAUACCAACCACUUAUCAUCUGUGGAGAGAAUAAUAAGGAGCAAAUGAAGAAGAAGCAAGUUUUUGAGUAUUUUCACCGUAUGUUUCUGAAAUUUGCAGUAAAUGUAUACCUGAGUGGACAGGAUUGCACUAACCAUGGCAAUGAUGGUAGUGUUGCUUACAUAGGGAACCCUGGCCUAGUUGAGAAAGAGCCUUAUUCAAUUUUUCUAAAUGGAAACUCUCACUAUAGCAGAGAAUUGGCUAAUGGAUUCCUUCUUCACCGAGUCAGCUCAAUGCAAAUUGUAACCUACUAUAUAAAUUUAGUUGGUGAAGUUGCUUUCAAAAAUGUGCUCCAACAGAAGGGUACAGAUGUUAUGUAAAUAUUUCCAGUUGGAGAUCCAAUUAUUCUUUCUGGCAUUGGUGCUUCUGUGCUGCCUCAAGUUCCAAUUUCAUCUGAAGUUUUCCCCAGCCUGCUUCCCAAACAAGAACAAGUUUUUCAUUUCAAAUCCAUUUUUGACAACUAAGUCUAUAUUUUGGAAUGUAUUGUAAUGUUUAAGAACUUGACUAUGUUCAAGAUUCAUGUCCAGCAGCAGGAUUUGUAGUUUAUUCCUUCCAAGUAUUGUUAUGAUCUUGAGAAGGUAUCUUAAUUGUCUAAUGCAAAUACACAGCUCUCUGUGCAGACAACAUUUUCACAAAAUAAA